CCUCUAGAACCCAUUUAAUCUCGGAGAAUAUGCAGUGACUGGCCUUCUGGCUCUGCUUCUCAGCUUCUCCAGUGCCGCCCGUCUUCUCUACUACCAAUGGCCUCGCAACCCCUGACAAAUGGCCUGACAAACGGCUCCGCGCACCCCAAGAAGCAGUACCGCGAUGCCGCCGAAGAACGACGAUGCGAACAGCACCAAGCGGAUAUAGUGAUCAUUGGCGCCGGAAUCGCGGGCUGUUCUCUCGCUGUCGCGCUCGGAAACCAAGGGAGAAGUGUCCUCCUGCUUGAGAAAUCGCUCAAGGAACCCGAUCGCAUCGUCGGCGAACUCCUCCAGCCGGGUGGCGUCCUGGCCCUGGAAAAACUUGGAUUGAGGCAUUGCCUGGAGGAUAUUGAUGCUGUCAAGGUGCUGGGAUAUAACGUGAUUUAUCAUGGAGCGCCGGUGCGGAUUGAUUUCCCGAUGGAUUCGAACGAGAAGCUGUUUGAGGGGAGAAGUUUCCAUCACGGCAGAUUUAUCAUGAAGCUACGUGAAGCAGCGAUGUCCACUCCGAAUGUCACCGUGGUGGAGACCAAGGCUGUUUCGUUGGUCAAAUCGACUCAUGGAGAGGGUGUGCUGGGCGUUGAAUGCCUAACGAACGGGAAGAAGGAUUUCUUUUUCGCUCCCCUGACUGUCGUUGCGGACGGAUACAAUUCGGCUUUUAGGAAAGAGUUCCUCCCGCACGCUCCUCGAGUAAAGUCAAAGUUCUGGGGACUUGAGCUUAUCGAUGCCGACCUCCCCAUGCCUUGCUAUGGCCAUGUCGUCCUGAGUGACAGCCCACCCAUCCUCCUAUACCAGAUCGGAACCCACGAGACACGGGCUUUGGUGGACAUACCAGAAAAUCUGCCAUCAGCAUCUGUAAAGAAUGGUGGAGUUAAAGGUCACUUGCGAAACACGGUUCUACCGUCAUUACCCAAGAGCAUUCAGCCGUCCUUUGCCGCAGCGAUUGAUCGAGGCGGUCUCAGAUCCAUGCCUAACUCUUUUCUUCCUCCUGCAACCAACAAGACACCAGGCCUUAUGUUCUUGGGAGACUCGCUCAAUAUGCGUCACCCAUUGACUGGCGGUGGCAUGACAGUUGCGUUCAACGACAUAGUCGCCCUGCGAGAGCUACUCAGCCCGGAGGCUGUUCCCAACUUUUCCGAUACGAACCUAGUUCUGAAGCAAUUGUCGAAAUUCCACUGGAAGCGAAAGGACUCGUCUUCUGCAAUAAACAUUCUAGCACAAUCAUUAUACGCCCUCUUCGCUGCUGGUAACUCUGACCUGAAAGUCCUUCAACGCGGCUGCUUCCGCUACUUUCAGCUGGGCAUCCUCGAUGGCCCCAUUGGUCUAUUGUCAGGACUGGUUCACCGGCCCCUUGUUCUCUUCCGCCACUUCUACUCCGUCGCGUUUCUCUCUAUAUGGCUCCUGCUGCGCAGCGCACCGCCAUACAUGCUUCCCUUAACGAUUUUCCAAUGCAUUUCGGUAUUCAUUACGGCGUGCAGAGUGAUUCUCCCAUUCAUUUUUGCGGAGUUAAAGAAUUAAGACGUAUACACUGGGUAUGAUUUACGUGGGGAACCUGUUACCGGAGUUUCGUAAACCCCCCUCCCCAAUAUCUCCGUUCUUGUGUUUCGACUUUCAGCGUCUAUCUCCUUUAUUAAUAUGCCUUCUAUAUGUUGUUCUUUAUUCUUUAUUCUUUGUUCUCUUUUCUUUUUUUCCCUUUUUUUUUUUUUUUAAGGGGAGGAAGGAAUAUUUACAUCCACUCUGGGUAUUCUUUAUUUUUUGACACGUUGACCCGAUUAAACACUUAUCUAAUGACCCAAUGCUUCGAAUUUUCUGCCACAUGUGUUAUAUUAUGCUUUUAGUCGCAUCUGUACCCCUCUUGAACGUACCGAAUAGCAUCAGGGUUACUGUUGUAAUAGCUACUGAUCUUUUUUAUUUUCUCAUCAUCCUAUUUUUUAUAUUUCUAUACUAGUAUAGAUUUUUGAACUAGAAUCUAAUUCAUUAGACAUGACGUCCCAGUUGCAUCGUCAUCUGUAUUCAUACCUAUUUACAUACAAGAUAAAUAUCCCUUAUCCCCAAAUAUUAUUUUUUCGCCCACUGUGAUGUGAUCAUUUCAGAUACACAUGGAAAUAUCUAAUACGAGAUCAGGCCCAUUGUUGAAAAAACAAAUAAAAGAAAAAAAAAGGC